AUGCACGACCUCACCCCGAUCCCAAGGUCGCACCGCCGUGGCCGUCACAGCUCCCUUCUCUACCAUCCUCGCGACGGUCAUACACUCCGGCAUCUACGCGCGCGACUUGGAUCUUGGGCCGUCUCGGCAAAGUUGCCCGCACCCAGAACCCUAGGGCGGGCCGUCGGCCACCGCGGCAAUGUGGGCAGAGGGCGCGUGGCUGCCACGACUAACCGGGUGGGGAUAGCCAACGGGUCCGCCGGUGCACCUACCGUGGGAAGUGACGACAUCACUGUGCUUAAUGAAGAUGUUUAUGACAUAUUCGGUCUACGUAACGAGGGUGAUGAUGUGAUUAGCAUGAAAGCAACCGUAGAACUGGAUGUCAAAAAAAAUGUUCCGACUAAGUUUAUAGACAAAAGAACAGGCCUAAUCCUCAUCGAUGACUUGAUAAAAAAUAUUGUUGAUAGUCAGUCAUAUGAUGAUGAUUUUGUGAGAAGGGCCGUACUGGUUCUUAUGGGUACAGUCUUAGCACCACAAUCCACCAAAUUUGUUCCUUAUCGUUAUUACAAAAUGGUGGAGGAUGUCAGCGCUAUCAAGUCAUACAAUUGGAACAAUUUCACGUUGUGUUACAUAUACUGGGAAAAACUUGAGCCAAUUGGUCUGGAUGCAUUUGAUCCUUUGUCUCGUGAGUACCCACUAAUGCUGAACUGGCCCGAAACAGAAGGGAAAAAGAGAGACGACUAUGACAAAAUACAAGGGUGGGGUAGCGGCAAUACUGAAAACUGCAUUAGCGAAGAGUACAGAUGUGCUAAGGUUGCACGCGAAGGGACUGCCCCAGAGGAAGAACCGCCGAAAACUAAGCAGAAAGGUGGUGGCAGGAGUAGAAAGGCAAGCACGUCGGUGGUUUCAUCGAACACAAAUUAUAAUAUGGACCGUGUGAUGACAUACAUAAAACUGCUUCACAAGGAGAUGGUAAUGGAAAGGUUGAACACGGAAGGUGUGAUGUACAAACCCAAUAAGAGGGAAAACGUUGACGAAUUUGAUGAUGUAGGUGAAGGAGUUGGGAUGCGGAAUGGCAACUACCAGUCAAAAUAUGGGGCGUCAAAAUAUUGGCCAGAUAUUGAAUCACCUACCGACAUAAAGAUAGGAACAUCUUUCACGGGUGAAGCUACUGAUCCUUUCAUUAUAGAGGAUAAUGGAAACUCUCCAUCUUCGGCAUCAACUGUACGGACAAAAGACUUUCCGUCUAUGUCCCGAACCCUGCAGACUGUUGAUAUUUUUGGUGAGUCUAUGGGUGGUUUGUCACUAACAAAGUCCGAAGAAUCGCUUGAGAGUUUCCUGGCAAAGAGCAAGAUAGCUAAUGGUGAUGGCAGUCAGGACAAUCAAGGUAAACACAAACGAAAUCCGUCGAAAUAUUGUCAAUCCCCCUACGACCUUCUCAUUACCUGCAAGAAACGUGUUAAAAAAAUAAUCAAUGCAUAUUGUAAGCACCUAGAACACCGCGGUUUUGCUGAUCGUCACAUAUCAACAACGUGGUUCCCUAAAUUUAUGUUGAAUAGGGCAAGGGGAAAGACCAAGUCAGUAAAUAAUAUAAACUCAGAGAAGCUUACAAGGAAAACAAAAGUCCUCACGCGAGUAAUGGAUGAGUAUUUCGCAUGGGACAAGGUAUUGCUUUCAUAUUUAUUAGUUUUUGUAAGUCAAUAUUUUGUAAUUGCACUAACAUCAUUUGGUUGUUAUGUAGGCGUAUUUUCCUAUGCACGUUAA